UUCCGGCGGCACCGGGAGCGGGACCGGGACCGGGACAUGCGGGUGCGCGUGCGGAGCUGGCACGGAGUCGCGUCCUGGCUGUGGGUGGCCAACGACGAGAACUGCGGCAUCUGCCGGAUGGCCUUCAACGGCUGCUGCCCCGACUGUAAGGUUCCCGGAGACGACUGCCCGUUGGUGUGGGGGCAGUGCUCGCACUGCUUCCACAUGCACUGCAUCCUCAAGUGGCUGAACUCGCAGCAGGUGCAGCAGCACUGCCCCAUGUGCCGCCAGGAGUGGAAGUUCCGCGAGUGACGGCGGCACCGGGCACCGGGCACGGCUGUGACCCGCCCGGCCCGGCCCGGCCAAUAAACGUGCGACGCCAGUCCGUGUCCGUGUCUGUGCGCGG